UAUUUGACGUAAUGUGUUUUGUUUCAUCGUCAUUUUAUAAUUACAAUUCAGUCAACCUUCCAUCACAAAAUAACAUCUUGAGGAAGGUGUUUUCGGAAACAGUCGAUCUGAAGACUUUAGCGCACCUAGGAAAUGCCUUCCCAAACCAUGCGAUUGAAAUACAUUAUGAGAGAACGCAAGAUAAACCGCCAGAAAUUCCGAAUGGGUACAUAAACUGGUUGAGAGCGAACCCUAACUUUCAGACAGAAGCACGUCGUCCAAUAGGACGUGCAGGGGAAAAUCUUGAAACACCCACAACAUCAUCUCCCACCUCCACAACAAUGACAACAACAACCACCCCUACGAGUAUGUCUACUACCGCAAUGAGCACUCUACUAACUUCGCGACCAACGGAUAAUACAAUUAUUACAGAUAAUCGAAAACGGCCUUUAUACAUUGAAGAUCUUAUACGAGCUCUAGAAGAAUUUGAUAAGAAAUCGAACCAAGAUCAUUUUACCGCGAGUAACAGAAUCGAUUCAACCACUGAUGAGGAUCCUAAUGGUCCAUUGGUAAAACAAGAUUUAUGGGACCUCGAAGAUAUUAUAUAUUGUCAAGAGAGACAAUGCACUGAUGGAGCAAUCAAGGAUUUCAAUGAUGUCAUUAAAUUAAUUAAAAAAGGCGUCAAAGUACAUCUGGAAGUAACAACACCACCAGCGGGUGUUGACUCGAAUUUAAAUUGGGUUCCCAUUAAAAUACCAAAGGAAUGAUCAAUAAACUUGAAAUGUACUAACAUAAAAUACGAUCAACUCGGUGCAUCUUCCUAUUCCUCAAUCUAAUAAGAUCUUUAGAUUGUUGUCUUUGGAAAACCCAAUAAA